UUUGCAGCAGCAGGUCACUCUCCUGCUCCUCAGGCACAGGAGACGUCUCCUCAACCAGUGCCAACUGCAGAACCUGCAAGCAGUCCCGAGACAGAACAAGGCUCGGAAGGUGUCAUACCCCUAUCACAAGACCACACAGCGCCAGAAGCUGCAAGCAGUCCAGAGACCCAAAGCUCCGAAGGUGACACACCCCUAACGGAGGACCACACAGCACCAGAUGCUGCAAGCAGUCCCAGAACGGACAGCGACCCCGAACAUGACAUCGCUGAACCACCUCCAACACAGGAGCAUGAGGCACUAGAUGCUGCAAGCAGUCCCAGAACGGACGACAACCCUGAACGUGACAUCGCUGAACCACCUCCAACACAGGAGCAUGAGUCACUAGGCUCGGACGGGCUCAUCGCCGAGAAUUCAACUCAAACGGACGUGGUGGUAGCAGUCCCUUGUUUCAUCUGCUCUUCCAAGUUUGAAGCCCUGCAGAAGGAGGUACAUCGCCUUCAAGACAAAGAGGCGAAACUUUUGGCUGACAACCGAACUCUACGUGAAGGUCUGCAAGACAGACGAGUAACAUCAUUUUCUGCCGAGCAGCUCACUGAAUCAUCAGUGCAGUUCUAUACCGGCUUGCCGAGCAUGGUUAUGUUUUCGCUGAUCGUCCAGUUGGUGCGAGAAGGCACGAAGUACCUGCCAAGGGCCGUCUCCCUUGGGGAUGCUGUCUUCAUGGUGCUGGCUAAGCUGCGCCUCGCUCUGCUGAAUCGCGAUCUUGCUUUCCGGUUCAAUGUGUCGGAGGGGACAGUUGCAAACAUUAUGGUGAAGUUCAUUCCUUUACUUGCCGAGACUUUUUCUAAAUUUAUCAUUUGGCCUACACAACCAGACAUUGCACGGACAAUGCCCACCCUUGUGCGUCGCUACUAUCCACGGUGUCGUGUGAUCGUAGACUGCUCAGAAUGCCGCAUUCAGCGGCCACUAGCCUUCACUGCCCGUUCGCAAACAUAUUCGCACUACAAGUCGUGCAACACUAUAAAGUUUCUUGUGGGUGUGACACCGUGCGGUGCAGUAAGCUUCAUCUCAAAGGCAUGGGGAGGAAGAGUGUCGGACAAGCGGCUUACACAGAGAAGUGGGCUGCUGGACAAGCUCGAGAUUGGGGACACUGUUCUAGCCGACCGGGGGUUCCUUAUUCGCGAGGACAUUGGCAGGGUCGGAGCUAGGCUGGUUGUGCCAGCGUACACAAAGGGCAAAAGACAGCUCCCUGCAGAGGAAGUGGAGACAGCGCGGAAGAUGUCAAAGAUAAGGGUUCAUGUAGAGCGUGCCAUUGGUCGCAUCAAGGUUUUUAGAAUUCUUCAGGACAGGCUGCCCAUAACGCUACUGCGACAUGCCACAAACAUUUUACUAAUAUGCUCUGGCAUCACAAACCUAAAACCGAAAUUGAUGUAG